CCACUUCCCUCUCUCCUCUACACGGAAAAGAGAAGAACAAAAGAAAACAGCCAUGGCUGGUACUGGCUUCUCAUCAGCCUCCUCCUCCUCUUCCACAUUCCCCUUCUUACAAGCUUCAUCUUUUUCUUCCUCUUCUUCAACUACAUCUUCCUCUCCCUUCGCUCCCUAUUCUCAACAAUCCUCCUCUCCUUUCUCCUUCUCCUCCUCUCCUCUCUCAUCAUUCUCUUCAUCCUCUUCAAACUCUAGCUCCUCUUCUUCUUCUCCUUUCUCCUUUGGAACCUCUUUCGCUUCUUCAAACCCCCUCUCCUCUUCUGCUUCCAAUCUUUUCUCCUCAUCAACUUCCAAACCCCUUUCCUUCCCAUUUCCCUCCGCAUCAAAUCCCGGCUCCACGUCCGCUUCCGCGCUACCAUCUUCCUCAACUUCGCUUUUCGCAUUCUCCACAUCGGCCACUGGAUCAUCGCUCUUCAGCGCUCCCUCAUCAACCUCAGUUCCUGCAUCCUCGCCUUUCGCAUUCUCCACAUCGGCCACCGGAUCAUCGCUCUUCAGCGCUCCCUCAUCAACCUCAGUUCCUGCAUCCUCGCCUUUCUCUGCUUCCUUGUUCGGUACUCCCUCUUCUUCCGCUGGAUCAUCGCUCUUCAGCGCUCCCUCAUCAACCUCAGCUCCUGCAUCUUCGCCUUUCUCUACUUCCACGUUUGGUGGUCCCACUUCUUCCCCAUUGUUCGGAUCUUCUUCCUCUUCUUCGCCGCCAGUGUUCGGAUCUUCUUCCUCCUAUUCUUCUUCAACAAUUACAACUCCGUCCUUCUCUACUGGCACGUCUUUCUUCGGAACUGCUUCUUCUUCUUCUUCUCCAUUGUUUGGGUCUUCUUCUUCUUCUUCUUCGACAACUAUGGCCCCGCCCUUUUCUACUUCUUCGCAGUUGUUCGGAUCCUCUUCUGCCACGGUGGCGACUCCUUCCUUUUCUACUUCUUCGCCACUGUUCGGAUCUUCUUCUGCCGCAGUGACGGCUCCUUCCUUUUCUACAUCUUCGCAGCUGUUCGGAUCUUCUUCUGCAGCAGCGACGCCUCCUUCCUUUUCUGGCUCCUCCUCACUGUUCGGAUCUUCUGCUGCUGCGAUGGCUCCUUCCUUUUCUACUUCUUCGCAGCUGUUUGGAUCUUCUUCUGCCACAGCAACAGCCCCUUCCUUUUCUUCUUCUUCGUCGUUGUUCGGAUCUUCUUCUGCUGCGACGACAGCUUCGCCGUUUUCUCUUGGCAGUGCUUCAGCAUUUUCUAAGAGCUCCACAAAUGCAGCAUCUACAGCCGCUCCUUCAUCGACGCCUGCUCUGAACUCAUCAUCGUCAAGCUUUUCCUUCAGUACUUCCUCGUCAUCGCCCUUCCAAUCCUCCCUUGGUCUUGGCAAUGCUGCUACUGCUGCUUCUUCCAGUGCAGCAGGGUUCUCCAGUACAGCUGCUGCGAAGCCGUUUUCGCUAGCAUUUGGAGCUUCUUCCUUUCCGUCACUCUCGUCAACUGUCACGACCGGGAGCUUGUCAGUUCCAGCUGCUUCCACACCACCAUCUUCGUCUGCUCCAUCUCCAUUCUCUUCUUCUGCUCCUGCGGCUUCUACUCCAUCUGUUCCUGCUUUUGGAGCAAACCCUACGGUGGCAACGAUGGGAACAGCUUUAUCAUCAGCAGCUACGACCUCAGCUGCUUCCUCAGCCAGUGCCAAUGCCUUUCCAAGCUUCUCGCUGUCUACGAGAGCACCUGUAUCAGCAUCGUCAUCACCACUCCAGGCAUCAACAUCAGCUGCUCCGUUAUUUGGUGCUUCUACUUCAACAUCGGCAGGUGUAUCCACUGAAGGUGCAGCAAAAAUCAGUUUUUCUGGUUCUGUUGUCACUACAGCUCAGGCGUCGUCUUCUGCUAGUGCUGCUUCCAGUGCCAGCACAACACUAUCUCAGGCGCCAAAGUUACCAUCUGAGAUCACCGGGAAAACCGUUGAGGAGAUCAUCAAAGAUUGGAACUCUGAGCUGCAGGAGCGCACUGGGAAGUUCCGAAAGCAGGCUGUGGCCAUAGCUGAGUGGGAUAGGAGGAUCUUGCAGAAUAGGGAUGUUCUCCUUAGGCUCGAGAGCGAGGUGGCUAAAGUGGUUGAGACACAGACUAACUUGGAGCGACAGUUGGAGUUAAUUGAAACUCAUCAACAAGAGGUUGAUAAGGCAUUGCAAAGUGCGGAAGAAGAAGCUGAGCGUAUUUACAAGGAUGAACGUCGAUUGCUUCUUGAAGACGAGGCUGCAGCAACGAGAGAUUCAAUGUAUGAGCAGGCGGAGUUCAUUGAGAGGGAGAUGGAACAGAUGGCAGAACAGAUUAAGUCAAUUAUAGAGACCUUGAAUGGGAAUCAGGGUGGUGACCUUGAAAUGAUUGAUGGCAUGACUCCUAUUGAUGUUGUCGUCCGGAUUCUAAACAAUCAACUCAGUUCACUGAUGUGGAUUGAUGAAAAGGCUAGUGAAUUCUCUUCCCGUAUUCAGAAACUGGCCAACCGUGGUGCUGCUGCUGAUCGAGAUUUGAUGAGUUCAAGAUUUUGGAUGAGUUGAUUUUUGGGUUUGUAAGAAAUGGUGAGCUUUUUAUUUUGUUUUGUUUUGUUUCCUGAAAUAGAAAUAGUGGCUAGGGCGCUAGCACAUGCAAUGUCUGGUUAGCAGCAGAUUCGGAAACAAUCUCCUUUAUCCUCCUUGACAACUGGCCAGAAAUCAUGUUUCAAGGCAGAUGCUAACCACUGUGACUGUAAUUUCAAGGGCAACACUCACCUGUUGAAUAGAAAAAUGAGUUUACAUAAAAGAAGGUCGCUGAGAUUAUCCACA